GAGGAGAGGGAGAAAAGGGGGAGAGGAGAGGGAGGAGGGGAGGGGAUCGCGGCGCAUGAGCCGCUCGCCUGGCGCGGCCGCGGGCGGGUUGCGCGGCCCGGGGGGUCCCUCGGCGGGAGCUGCGCGCCGGACGCCCCCAGAAAUGGCAGACUCAUAUUCCUACAGAGGUGGGAAAAAAAUUGCCGGAUCCAGCAAAGCCAACGCUGACAAGGGAAGCCAUAAGAUGGAGGUGAAGAUCAGCCCGACGUACGAGCAGUCACGGCUUGGAAAUGCAACGAACGAUAAAAUCGAGAGCAAAAAGAAAGGAAGACCUAAGGCAGAAAGCCAAGCCUUGAAGGAUAUUCCUCUGCCACUGAUGAACCAGUGGAAAGAGGAAUUCAAAGCCCACUCCCGGGUAAAAUGCCCCAACUCUGGCUGUUGGCUGGAAUUCCCCAGCAUCUAUGGCCUAAAAUACCACUACCAGCGCUGUCAAGGGGUAAGGAGAACAGAGGGCCCUGACUUGGAGAAACGGACUUUCCCCUGUCCGUACUGUGAAGCGGCCUUCACUUCCAAAACCCAGCUGGAAAAGCAUCACAUCUGGAACCACCUGGACAGGCCGUUGCCAGCUGUGGUCCCUCCGGUAGACCACAAAGUUCACAAAGCAGGCGGCAGUGGCAAGAAAAGAGCUGCCGAGCACGCGCCUUCCCACACCAUCCGUCCCAAACAGGCCAAGGUGGAAAAGGCCUUCCAGCGCCCCGAGAACGGAGAGUGCGCCGCUGCAAAGAAGGAUGGCAAAGAGUUCCACGCCAUGGCCACGGCCACGCAGCCGUCGGGCGGCAGAAGUUCCAAGCAUCAGACAAACCGCCAAGCCGUUGUUCAGGAGGAAGACCCCGAGAGAAUGAAGCACAGAAGGAAACAGAAAACUCCUAAGAAGUUUACUGGGGAGCAGCCGUCCAUCUCGGGGACAUUCGGACUGAAAGGGCUGGCAAAAGCAGAAGAUAAAGCAAAAGCCCAUCGGGCCAAGAAACUGGAGGCGGCCUUAAGCAGCGGUGGCGUUCAUCACGAAGAACUGAAAAGGAAACUGCCGGGGUCAAGCGUCAAAAAGGAGUCGGUCCAGACUGCAGCAGCACCUUCGUCUGCAGCUAGCCCGGAGGAACAGUGGCAGCGGACAAUCAACGAGAAGGGAGAGGUGGCAUGCCCAACCUGCAAUAUGAUCACCAGGAAAACAGUCCUCGGUCUGAAGAAGCACAUGGAAGUUUGCCAAAAACUGCAGGACGCCUUGAAAUGUCAACACUGUAAGAAACAGUUCAAGUCUAAAGCAGGAUUGAACUAUCACACCAUGGCUGAACACGUCAAUAAGCCUGUUCCCAUGGAAGCCGCCGCCCCUCUUAACGAACACGAAGAGCGAGAGAGGCUGAGGAAAGUUCUGAAGCAGAUGGGGAAACUUAAAUGUCCCAUUGAGGUAUUUCUAGCUAACUUCUCCAGCCUGAUGGGGUGUUCCAGUACUCACCAGAAAGCGUUAGCGGGCAAGCAGCCCGUCCGGAAGAUGGAGAAGCCCGUGCUCUCACACGGUAUCCCCAUUGGCGGAAAGGCUUUACAAGGUCAAAGUGAACACGAUUACCACCCGCGUGUCGAGGAGCAUCCAUCAGCGCCUCCAGCACCCCCCGAAACGAAGCCGGAAGUCAGCCCAGUCGAAGAUUUCGAGAGGACUCCGAGCGGCAGGAUCCGACGCACAUCUGCCCAAGUGGCCGUCUUCCAUUUGCAGGAGAUAGCCGAAGAUGAGCUGGCCAAGGACUGGACCAAACGGAGGAUGAAGGAUGACUUGGUUCCUGAAACAAAGCGGUUAAAUUAUACCCGACCGGGGCUCCCGAAGUUGAACCCGCGGCUUCUGGACGCCUGGAAAAUUGAAGUGAAGGAGAAAGGUCACAUCAACUGCCCUAAUAACUACUGCGUCGCCAUCUAUUCCAGCGUGUCGGGUUUAAAAGCCCACCUUGCAAACUGCAAUAAGGGGGACCACUCGGUGGGAAAAUAUCGAUGUCUUCUGUGCCAGAAGGAAUUUAGCUCAGAAAGUGGCGUCAAGUAUCACAUCAUUAAGACCCACUCGGAGAACUGGUUCCGAACCUCUACAGAGACUGUCCCGAAAAAAAAGAGCACAGAGCAGGUGGUUCCCAACAGCGACGGACAAAAGAAAACCACGGACGGGAAGAAAAGGGGCCGAAAGCCGAAGGAGAGACCCCCGGAAGCUUUCUUCAAAGGCAAAGACAGCACAGCGGAAAAGACUAACCACAAGAAAACGACAGGGUCGUGGCAGACCGCAGACUUUAACCCCGAUGGGAAAGAGUCGAACGGGAGACCCCCCCACAGUAAGAAAGGGGGAGCCAGUAAGAUGCCAGAGAAAUAAACAUGGGGAGAGACACUCCAAUGAUUGGUUUACAGCCCAGGGUAUCCAGGUGAGGGCCGCUCGCAGUUUGCCCGCCACCCUCCGCUCACCCCCUUUUUUUCGGUGGAAAAACCACUUCAAGGCGUAAUCACGGACGUUUGUUUCACACUGGAAGAGGAAAAGAAAACACACACGCAGAAUGGAGGGUAUGAUUCCUCCAUUGAAAUCCCGUAACCCCCCCCCCCUUUGGAUUGUAUGUACAUUUGCACUUACGGAUACCUGUGGAUCACACGUCGCAUCCGUGGAUGCGUGCGACGAGAACGGCCGCUGGCAGGAUCUUCCACAUUUUUCUCCCACUUGGUUGUGGGAAACCGACGCGGCUCGAAUACGGAGGGAGCUGCCGGAGCUCGUGGAGAGCCGACGGGAGGGGGAAAAAGUGCAAUAUAGGAGUCCAGGAGUAAGCUCUUCAGUCUCUUGUUGAUUUGUGGAUUGCUUUGUCCAUCAGGAAUAGAGCUGGUGAGAAUUCUAUGAAUGAAAUUUAUCGUCGUGGUAGUGGUUGCAAACCUGUUUACUUUUCUGAUUUUCAUAGGAAACGUUUGUUUGUUUUUUUGUUUGCUUUCACCCCAGCGGGAUUGUUCGGCAACGAACGUUUUUGAAUUCUUGUUGUAUUUUUUAAAAAAAUUCGAAUUGAUUUUGAAGCCUGUAUGUCUUUUAAGUGUUCGCCACCACGGCCCUAGGGGGAAAAAGAGGUGGUCACCCGUUUCAGAAAUGAAAUUUUCACACGGAAGCGGUCAGGAAACUAAAACCCGGGGAGCAGAGACGUUUUAGAAGCAGCUCAGCUCAGAGUUUAAAAAAACAAACAAACCAAUACAGGAAAUUGGAUUUUUUGUAAAAUUGUGGAACCCAUAAAAUGUUUUGGAAAGCUCUGAGAGGAAAUAAUCAGUAUGUUCAAAAAUCCCCCGAGAACGCAGAACGAUGAAGAGACUCAAUAACUUCAAUUAACCAUUAGCCUUGGACAUAUGGUUUAUCUUUGGGUGAGGUCUCCUGGGGUAUGAAUUCAUUCAUUCAGCAUCUCUGAUCCCCAUAAUCCACCUGUGCCACAAUCUUUUGUCUACGUGAGCCUUUCACCCACCACAGGGAAAAUAGAAUGAGUUGUCAGACUGGUACGUGCGGCUAAUUUCCCGCUGUUUGUGUGGAAUUGUUCCAAGAGAAUACGGAGCUGUGUUUCCCAGAAGUUGUUCUGAUGGCGUUGCAAAACAUUGAAAUAAGAGCAAGGGCAAUUUUUCACGGAGACAGUCAAUGAGUACCUGGGCUGUAGCGUUUUCAUUUGCCCGUGGGAUUCUAGAGAAUGACAUAAUCCGUUUGAUAUAAUCCUGUAGGCGUGCAUGCCAAACAGCAGAGUGCUAGAAUUUGGUUCAGUGCCCUGGACCAGUUUGCCAUCCUUCUAGCAUCUUCACAGGUAGACAGUGCAGGGUUGGAGCAGCAGUGGUGUAGGAGGUUAAGAGCUCGUGUAUCUAAUCUGGAGGAACCGGGUUUGAUUCCCAGCUCUGCAGCCUGAGCUGUGGAGGCUUAUCUG